AUGCACGGUUGUAAGAGCGGCUCAGAGAUACCAAUAAGGAACCCACUGGUGAAGCAAGCGGCUUUGGCUUACCUGCAGCCUAUGGGAGGGAGACCACCGGGGACAGUGGUGGAGGAAGGUCUUUUUGGUAAAUUCAAAGAGGUUUGCUGCAGAGGGCAAUGCGGGUGUCUCGAGUGGCUCCACGGUGUCGUCUCAAUGGAUUUCUUCAGUACAGACGAAGAAGACGAUAGAGAUCAAAUGAUGAUACGAAGGACGACAAGUGGAGGAUGA